CGGCGGGAGCUCUGCGCCGCCGGGUCGAGCCGGAGGUACGGGAGCUGCGGCGGCAGCGGCGCCCAGGCGGGGCAGCUCAGCGGGAUCGGCCCUUGCGGAUCUCGGGGCGCGGGGCGGCUCCGGAGCAGCGGGGAGGCGGCGGCGCCGGAUCCUCCUCCGUGUCCCCCGCCGUGUGUCCCGCCGCCCGCCCGGCUCGGGGGCGCAACCUGCGGGGUGGAGUGGCCGGCAGGAGCCGCACCGGCCGCGGGGCACUGACCCGCCGCGGGGCACUGACCGGCCACGCCGAGUUCCUGGGAACACGGGCAGAUCGUCAGAGCGGGGGCGGAGGCUAGAGUAACAGACAGAAUCUAAAAGGAGACAUAUUCACCAAAUAUGGAAGAGGAUACCAAACCUAUCUUGGUUCCUGUGGGAGGUGAUGAAAGCAAUUAUGGAAUCAUGAAUAUACAGUUUAAUCCAGAAGACUAUAAGUGCAAAAGACCAUUUCACGUGGAGCCCACAAACAUAGUCAGUGUGAAUGAUGACAUGCAAAGAGUCACUGAUGAAGCUUCAGCAAUGAAUAAGAGGAUUCAUUACUAUAGCAGGCUCACAUCCCCUGCAGACAGGGCAUUGAUUGCUCCUGACCAUGUCCUCCCAGCUCCUGAUGAAAUCUAUGUGUACAGUCCAUUAGGAACUGCUUUUAAAGUUGACAGUUGCACAGAUGGCUAUGGUAAAAACUCCAGUCUAGUGACAAUAUUUAUGAUAUGGAAUACCAUGAUGGGUACAUCCAUAUUAAGUAUCCCAUGGGGAAUAAAACAGGCAGGGUUCACUUCUGGAAUUAUUCUCAUCUUACUGAUGGGCAUUUUGACUCUUUAUUGCUGUUACAGAGUUGUGAAAUCACGGCAAAUGAUACCUUUAACAGAUACCUCAAACUGGGAAUUCCCAGAUGUUUGCAAGUAUUACUUUGGAUCCUUUGGUCAGUGGUCAAGCCUCUUAUUUUCUAUGGUAUCACUUGUUGGAGCCAUGGUUGUUUAUUGGGUACUUAUGUCCAACUUUCUUUUCAACACAGGGAAAUUUAUAUACAACUUUGUUCAUGACAUUAAUGUAACAGAUAUUGUUCCUGGCACCAAUGGAAGUAAUAAAGUCAUUUGUCCAAGUGCUGCUAGUGAUCACCCACCACAGAACAGGACUGUGAUGUUCUCUUCUGGCAACAGAACAGGUUUUGAACUCUUUGAGGAGUGGUGGGACAAAUCAAAAACAGUACCAUUUUACCUGAUUGCAGUUCUUCUUCCCCUGCUAAAUCUGAAGUCUCCAUCCUUCUUUGCAAAGUUUAAUGUCCUAGGUACAGUUUCGGUUGUCUACUUAGUUUUUCUGGUUACAGUAAAGGCUGCUCAUCUGGGAAUACACUUAGAAUUCAACUGGUUUACAGAGAAUGAAUUUUUUGUACCAGAGUUUAGAAUUCUGUUCCCUCAGCUCACAGGGGUUCUAACACUUGCCUUCUUCAUCCACAAUUGUGUCAUCACACUUCUUCAGAAUAACAAGAACCAAGAAAACAAUGUGAGAGACCUUUCUAUUGCAUACUUCCUGGUUGGACUAACAUACCUGUAUGUUGGAGUGAUAAUUUUUGCAUCUUUUCCUUCUCCACCAUUAUCCAAAGAAUGUAUUGAACAGAAUUUUCUAGAUAACUUUCCCAGUGAUGACAUCAUGUCAUUUGUUGCAAGAAUAUUCCUGCUGUUCCAAAUGAUGACUGUAUACCCACUGUUGGGCUAUCUGGCACGUGUUCAGCUGUUAAGACAGUUUUUUGGAAAUGCUUACCCAAGCCUUUUCCAUGUGCUUGUCCUGAACCUAGCCAUUGUAGGAGCUGGAGUAGCAAUGGCAAGAUUUUAUCCAAAUAUAGGAGGUAUCAUAAGAUACUCUGGAGCAACAUGUGGUCUGGCCUUUGUGUUCAUGUAUCCAUCACUCAUCUACAUGAUCUCCCUGCACCGUGCUGGGCAGCUGACAUGGCCUGCUCUGAUUAUUCACAUCUUUAUAAUCCUCCUUGGACUGGCUAAUCUGAUUGCACAAUUCCUAUUGUGAAAACUCCCCUUUCUCCCGUGGUUGUCACAAUUGGUACUGCUGUUUGGCAACAGCCUUGAGCAACACUGUGAGGCAUGAGGACCGUCCUCAAUGUGAGGAUCUUGGGAAAAGCUUCACCUUUGAAACAAAUUCAAAACACAUCAUUCAAGUGCUUUUCAUGUUUUGACUUUUCUGAAAUCACCAUCUUAUGAGAAGUGAAAUGAUUUGCAUUUGAGUGAUAGAGUUCUCCUGGUUUUGUUGAAGGUAUAUCAAAAAUUAACAACACUCAAAUAUUUUAAUAUUUUACAGCACAUUUCUCCAAACACAAAGCUUCCAGCCUCAAGCUGUGGAAGUUUUUCCUCCAAAUGAACUGUCCUUACCUUGAUUAGCAGACAUGCUUUCUCAGUAUUGUUCAGUGACUCUUUGAAAUGCUCUUUUGUUGCAGUUAUUUUCCCGAUUUGUUUGGAAAAUGAAGAAUUUAUUGUCUUUCUUCUUUUUUUUUAGGUUAAUUUAUAGUCACUUGGGUCAAAAUGCACUCUUAAUUUUGAAUACGCUAUUAAAUUGUUUUGGCAAUAUUUUUCCUCUAGGAAAUUCCAACAACAAGAAACAAUAAACUCAUGUUUCAGUGUUUUAUUCAGAACCAAUAUGUACACAACUUUUUUGUGAUCUUACAAUACAAAAAAGCCAGGAGGAUAAAAAAAUUUAGAAGAAGACAAUUAAAAUCAGUAAUUCCAGGCUUGACCUCAGUUCAACUCUGUUGCUGGACUAUUAUGCACUGCGAAGUUGUCUUGUCAGGAGUUGCAUGUGGUUUUUAUGGAUGCAUGGUGUACACAGCAUUUGUUCAUCACAUUUCUGCCCUUGUAGAGUCUUCCUCUGGUGGACUCUCACUUCCCUAUUAUGUUACUCUAGACAUUUUGGAUGUGAGCAGCGAGAAAAAGCCAGCAGUCUUAGGAAUCAUGGAUGAAGUGAAAGAAUUUAAGUUUUAAAUAACUUUUAACAGAAGCUGAAAGAAGAAGAAGAAGAUUUUGUUCUGGAGUUAGGUUUUUUGUUUUUUUUUAAUUUCUUGUUUACAAAUUUAAGAGUAUGUACAUGCAUAAGCACAUAGGCACCUUCCUUCAUCUACCUGCUGUAACUUUGUGUUUUAACCCAAAACGUGCAGUAAUUAAGUUGCCAGACACUAGUGGAAUGUUGUGGUUGGAAAGAGUGUAGAAACUCCUCUUUGAGCAGAUUUUCAGUGCAUUAAAAUAAUUAACAAAUGUAGAAUAAUUGAACAAGAACUCUGAGCAAUACUAAACUCCAAAGUAAGUAAAAGAAGGAAAAAGUUGGAGUGGUACAAUAUUUGUGAAGUGGGAGUUGGGAAGGAUAAUUACAUUGCAGGGUAAGAGUUUGUAUUUUCAUCAGAAAGAAAGUGAAAAACAUAACCUAGGUUAUUACCAUGCUUCUCUGGUAAAUCAUGUGAAUUUUUUUUUGUGAUAAUGUAAAUCUAUUUGUUUUACUUGGGCUCCUCAAACUGUGUAAAGGACACUCACUUUCCUAAAUAUCCUUUGAUUUGUAUGAGAUAUGAGAUUAUAUGGGUUUGGAAUACUAUCUGCAGAAUACAAUGAUUAUUUCUAGUUGUUCUUUUCUUGUGAAACUUUCUGUGCCUUUAAAUCAGAAUUGGAGAGUACCUCCAUCAUCUAUUCUGUAUUAGAGAGAACUAUCUGCCCCAUCCUGGUCAUUUUCUCCUGUGUAGACUCUUGCAGCAGAAGUACUUGAAAACCAAAUGGAAAGGACAAAAGAUAUAGAUUGUUGGCUUAUUCACAUUAAGCUCUUGUGCUUAUUUGUUGUAGGUUCAGUGCUUAAUUUAGGUACAAACCCUGAUGAGUGCAGGUAAUUAAAUUUUAUUAUAUCCUUCCAUGUUCCAUUUGAA